AUGACUUUCUUCGCGAUAUUCAAUUCAUUGUCCGUUAAAGCGCAAUUUUUCAAAUAUAGUUUGUGCAUAGUGUUGUACUUCCUUGUUUGCAUAAUUUUAAUUAAAACGAGAAGAAACUGCGACAUAAAAGAAACGAUAGGCGUGACGAUCAAGCAUCAGCAACAAACGCCCCACUUUUCGACUUCAGAUAGGAUAAUUAAGAAUGUCGAGUCGGAGAUCAACAUAUUGCGGAGAGACGAAUUAGAGGGUGGAACCAUCGACCUACAGAAGAGCGCGACUCUACUUCAACAAAUAUCGAACGUCUGCGCGAAGUACAAGCUGAGGACUCCUCUUAUCAAGAGGCAUUUUUUAUACAAUGUCGAACAUAAGUCGUUAUAUUGUUGGAUUCGCAAAGUCGCGUCCACCAGUUUCACCAAAUUAUUUUCCGUCAUGAGCAACCGACAAGUCGACCAUGAUCUUUACAAAGAAGUGGACUUUCUAUCGCCGGAAAAUUUGAAAGACCUACAGCGUUUUGCUAGCAAUAAUACAAUCUUCAAAUUGCUUAUAGUCAGGCAUCCAUUUCAACGACUCAUUUCAUCAUACCGAGAUCGUAUCGAAGACACCAGUAAGUACACCGCACAAUCCUGGCUCUAUGCUCGCCAAAUUCUUCAUCUCUCGAGGCCAGAACUCUUUCGUUUCAACGCAUCGGGCGGCAACGUUCUGCAAAGAAUAUUCUUGGCGGACAGAAGACUGAAGGUGGUACCCAGCUUCCGAGAAUUUCUAGAAUGGUUGCUGAAACAACCUCCGGAUCACGAUGACGUUCACUGGGCCCAAUAUCACACUCACUGCGCGGUUUGCAAUGUGAGAUACAAUUUCGUCCUGAAGCUGGACGAAUACACUUUCGGAGAGAUCAAUUACAUCUUGACAAAAUUGAAAUUAGAUAAAAAUAACAUCUACUUGCCCAGACUGCAACGUACUCGUACCGGGGUCACAAAUUUUAAUGUAGCAUGCAAAUACUUUCGCAACGUGACCACUGAUAUGGUCUUGCGGCUGUAUAAAAGGUAUAAAGUCGACUUCGAGAUGUAUAAUUAUAAGUUAGACAAAUAUUUGCACUGUGCAGAAGCAAAAAAUUGACAAGCAAAAAAUGCUGUAAUA